AUGGCGUCCCAGCAAUCCUACCCCGUUCUACCCAAGAACUUACUCAUCAUCUCACUGAAGAUGUAUUUCACCCCGUCCCGCACCCUCGAGUAUCUCCGCGCCCUGCUGGCCCCCGAGAACGAUAUCGUCCGACCCCAGAACCGAUCCAAGCUGCUCCUCGCCCUAAUUCCCGACUUUCUGACCAUCUACCCCUGCAAUGAAAUUAUCAAGAACUACGAAUCCUCUUCGACCACCCCCGCAUCCUCCGCCUCGCUGCCCCCUCCCUUCUUGCUUGGCGCCCAAGACUGCUUCUGGGAGCCUCUGGGCGCCUAUACGGGCGAAGUGUCCCCGCAAGCGCUGAACAGCAUGGGUGUCUCCAUCGUGGAGCUGGGCCACGCCGAACGUCGCUCCAUCUUCGGCGAGACGGACGAGCAGACUGCUCGUAAGGCCGCCGCGGCCUGUGCGCACGCCAUGGUGCCCCUCGUCUGCAUUGGUGAGAUCACGGCCCCGGGCGCCGUGGCGUCGGAGGCGGUUGGUCUGGCCGUAAGGGAGUGCGAGGUCCAGGUGCGCGCCGUUUUGGCCGCCAUCCCGCCCGAAGCUCCCGUCAUCUUCGCCUACGAGCCCGUCUGGGCCAUUGGGAAGCCCGUCCCCGCCGGAGUCGACCACAUCGCCGCCGUGGUGCAGGGCAUCAAGACGGUCAUUGGCAGCCGCAAGGGUGAGGUGCGCAUUCUGUACGGCGGCAGUGCGGGGCCUGGACUAUGGGGUCCGGGAGGUCUGGGAAAGGCCGUUGACGGCAUGUUUUUGGGUCGAUUCGCGCACGAGGUCGAGGGUGUGCGGAAGGUGGUGCGAGAGGUCGAGGAGACUCUUUGA